AUGGGAUCCCAAGGGCCAACCCCCCACAACCCGAAAAAGAGGGGCGUGCGGCUCUUUUUGGAAUCCCAGAAAACAAGGACGGAAGACGCUAGGCCCCUACCCUCUAGAACCUGUUUUGCACCUGAGGAGAUUAAACAGCUCCGGGCUGGACUGUCCAGACCUGGAACUAAAUGGGAUGCCUGGGGUUGCUGGGCAAUGCGGAGACCGGUGGAGGCCCAAACCGACCAACUCCAAGAGCUUUCGACCUUCACAACUCCUAAUGUGAGCGCCCGCUCCUCGGCCAUCACCGCCCGUGAGCUGCGCGGUUGCAAUAAAAGGCUGGACUCCAGGAGCCUGUUUCCUGAAAGUCCCAAAAGUCCCCCUCUGUCCUAUCUCAGUUUAAUAAACAGUCUUCUACAGCCUCACAAGCGAACUAAUGUAGAAAAUCGGAUCCGGAAAAGAAUGGCAAGGGUGAGGGAGCUGGACACGCAAAUCAAAGAAGCUCGGACCCAGCAGCAGAUCCUACUGCAAGACACCCGGCAGCUGCACAGGGAAAAGCUGCACUUCCAGGCUGAAAACACGUUCUUUCUGGAAUACCUGACCCACAAGACUGAAGAAUUGGCCAAGGAGCCCACGAAGCUGUGGACAGAGUACAUCCAAGAAAGUGGGGCAGUCAAGAGGCGGAGACAAAGAUUAACCUCCAAAUAUGCCAAGAAGCUGUCGGUGCUGAAAGCUGAGCUGCUGCAGAAGAGAAAAGCACAAGCCCGCCUGAAGCAGCAGCUGCAAGAGCUGAAAGAUGUUUCGCUCUUGAAGGAGAAACAGGACCUGCAGAUCCAGAAACUACAGGAGGAGCAGAGCAGAAUCGAAGCCCAGAGCGCCAGCGAGAGACACGCUCAGUUCCUCAAAGAAAAGGCCUUGUUAGAGAAACAACUGAAUGAGCCUGAUGCGAGGCUCUUGGAUAAGAAACAGAGGAAGGAGCAUCAGGAGAAGGCCCAGGCCUUGAGAUCAGCAGCAAAGCGGUCCCAUUUAAAGUUCUGCCAGGGCGUGCACAUGGAGAACCAGUGCUUACUCAAGGAAUGCCGGCAGCUGAAGCAGCAAUCCUGGAAACUGGAGGCGAGGCAGAGCCGGUUAGAAAACCAGAAGCAGCAGCUGGAGCAGGGACAGUGGUUUGUGCAGAGCUUGCUGCGUGGCAGGCAACAGCUGCAAAAAAGGCGGAAUGGAUGCCCUCGGGGCCAGGGUGCCCCCCAGACUGCACCGAGUCAAGGAAAAACAGCCCACAGUAAUUCUUGUAGUUCCUAA